AAAAGAGGGCUCCAAGUUGCUUAAAAAAGGCCAGAGUUGGGGCUCCGAUUGAACAUGUGAUCAUGGCGGUGGCGGCGGUUGCGUUCGCGGUGGUCGCAUAGAUGAGACGGCGAUCUAGGGUUUUGAGAUGACGAAGUUGGAGGACAUGGUCGGAAUUAUGAACUUUCGCUGUAUAUCUCCGAUUUGAUCCUUUCAUCUCCGAUCUGAGAAUCUAGCGUUCUAUGGUGAUAUCGGGCGUUUCUGUUAUGAUCCUCUCUUGAAUGAGAUUCUACAUUCGAGCUACUUUACCUUAUCGAUCGGUUUUCUCUGCGAAAAUUGUAAAGUUUGUAGCUGAGCGGUUGAAGAAAAGGAUUGUUAUGUUAUGUAGAGAUGUCCUUCAAAAGCAUUGUUCGUGAGCUAAAGGAAAUGAAAGAUGGAAUUGGGAACAUUUCUAGGCGUGGGGUAGAAGGGAAGCAUUGGCGCAGACGAACAAGGUCAUAUAUUGCCCCUGAUCAAGGCCCCCUCUCUGGAGCCCUCCAACAGGGUCAGUGGGCGAAUCUACCACCUGAAUUGCUUUUGGAUAUAAUCCAGAGGGUAGAAGAGAGUGAGACCUCAUGGCCUGCUAGGAAUGUUGUUGUAUUUUGUGCUUCAGUUUGUAGGUCAUGGAGGGAGAUUACGAAGGAGAUUGUCAAGACUCCAGAGGAAUGUGGAAGGCUCACAUUCCCCAUUUCAUUGAAGCAGCCGGGGCCACGUGAUUCUCCAAUACAAUGCUUUAUUAGAAGGGAUAGAGCCACCUCUACAUAUCUUUUGUACUUUGGCCUGACACCUUCUGAGGGCCAGAGUGAUAAACUUUUGCUUGCAGCCAGAAGGAUCCGAAGGCCAACUAGCACAGAUUUUGUGAUAUCUCUGGUUGCAGAUGAUUUUUCUCGAGCCAGCAAUACAUAUGUUGGAAAACUGAGAUCUAAUUUUCUGGGCACGAAGUUCACAAUAUACGACAGCCAACCUCCAUAUGAUACAGCAGUUCAACCUAAUAGUCGGUCAAGUCGACGGUUCCACUCUAAGCAGGUAUCUCCAAGAGUACCUGCAUGUAACUACAGUGUGGCCACCAUUUCCUAUGAGCUCAAUGUCCUUCGCACCAGAGGACCUAGGAGAAUGCAAUGCACCAUGCAUUCCAUUCCUAUUUCUUCAAUUCAGGAGGGAGGCACUGCCCCAACACCAACAUCAUUCCCACAAUCCUUUGAUGAGCAAUUUUCUCCUUCACCAGGUUUGAGAAAAAAGGAUCCAGUCACAGACAUAUGCUCCACAAGCCUGUCAGAGCCAUUAGUACCUGUCCAGGGAUCAGGAGAUCCGCUGAUUCUUAAAAACAAAGCACCUAGAUGGCAUGAACAUCUCCAGUGCUGGUGCCUAAAUUUUAGAGGGCGUGUUACAGUGGCAUCUGUAAAAAAUUUCCAGCUUGUGGCAUCAGUUGAGCCAUCCCACAACGUUUCUGCUGUAGAGCAAGACAAGGUAAUAUUGCAGUUUGGGAAGAUUGGCAAAGAUAUCUUCACUAUGGAUUAUCGCUAUCCACUCUCUGCCUUUCAAGCCUUUGCAAUCUGCUUGAGCAGCUUUGACACUAAACCAGCCUGUGAAUAACUUCUGCACUGGUUGGAGAUUGUGAUCAUGUAUGCUAAAUUUCCUUCAUAGUCUCAUAACUACACAUCAUGGAAAAGCUGAUCAUGCAUGGGGGGGACCUAUCAUAACUGAGAGACUUAGCGUGCGCUCAGUGGUGUAUCUGAUACCAGAGUGGAAUCAAUACGUGUUGUUGUAAGUUGCAAAUAUAUUUAAUGUGGGUAGAAUUUUUUCUGCCGAACUUCUUGCAUGCUGUUCCAUCUUAUAUUUCAAUCAAGGAAAAAAAAAAAAGUGAUUUAUAUC